AUGACUGGCCAGGGGCGCAGCCAUUGCAAGGCCGUUUUAUCAUGUGGAGAUUUCAUUCGGGUCUCUAUUUUAAAAACACACUGUCUUUGGCAAGGAGAAAGACCAGACUCUGAGGAACCAGAGCCAGGGACGUCCAAACCAGCAAGACAACACCAGUGCUCCCACUGUGGAAAGUGUUGUAACCGGUUAUGGGACCUUAAACAACAUGAGAGAAUACACACAGGGGAGAAGCCUUACCACUGCUCCCAGUGUGGAAAGAGUUUUAACUGGUUAGGUGACCUGUAUCGACAUGGGAGAAUACACACAGGGGAGAAGCAUUACCAUUGCUCCCAGUGUGGAAAGUGUUUCAACCAGUCAGGGUAUCUGAAACGGCAUGAGAUAAUACACACAGGGGAGAAGCCUUACCACUGCUCCCAGUGUGGCAAGUGUUUUAACCAGUUAGGGAACUUGAAACAACAUGAGAGAAUGCACACAGUUGAGAAGCCUUACCACUGCUCACAGUGUGGAAAGUGUUUCAACCGGUCAGGACAUCUGAAAAAACAUGAGAGAAUACACACAGGGGAGAAGCCUUAUCACUGUUCGCAGUGUGGAAGGAGUUUUAAUCUGAAAGGACACCUGAAAGCUCAUCAGAUAAUUCACACAGGGGAGAAGCCUUACCACUGCUCCCAGUGUGGAAAGUGUUUCAGCCGGUCAGGUGAUCUGAAGAAACAUGAGAGAAUACACACAGGGGAGAAGCCUUAA